AUGGCACCACCAAACGAGGAUCAAAAGGACGAGGAGCGCAAGCCCCUCAACAACGAGGGAGGCGACGACUCCGAGUUUGAGGACGCCGAGGGCGAGGGCGGCAACGAUGACGGCCCCGAGCUGAGCCACGGCACCACCGAGGAGGAGGAGCCGGAGCAGCCCCCGACCCCCAAGAAGAAGCCGGCGCGGCAGGCCACCAAGACGGCGCAGAAGAAGAAGCCCCGGAAGCAGAUGAACGACCCGUGGGCCGACGAGGACGUCGACAACAAGCAGAUGGCGCGCCAGCAGCCGCAGCAGCAGUACCAGCAGCAGCCGCAGCAGCAGCAGAUGCAGCAGAUGCCGCCUCAGAUGAUGAUGAACGCCCAGAAGGACGAGAAGAAGAACCCGCUGAAGCUGCGCCUCGACCUCAACCUCGACGUCGAGAUUGAGCUGCGAGCCAAGAUCCACGGCGACGUUACCCUGGCCCUCCUUGACAUGGGCUAA